GCCGCCACCGCCGCACGCCUUUUUCUCCGAUCGGUCGACGUGCGGCCUCGUCAGUCUCAACGAAAAGCUCGGCCGGUGAGGUGAGAGAGUGCGGGACAGAAAAAAGCGAGUCGUGUCGUGUCAACUCUGCUGCAACAGACACACGCAGACCCACAAGAACGUGAACACACACACACACACACACACGACGUGACAAGAAAAAAAAAGAAACGUGGUUUAUCAAUUGUUUUAUUUAAACGAGUGUGUGCGAAAACUUGUCCCCCCCCCAGAAAAGAAGAACAAAAUCAUUUUCAUUUUUGCCAUGUGAUUUUGAAGAAUUGCCAAGAAAGAAAUUUCGAGUGUGUGUGUGAUUAUUUCACCUUCUAUUGUGUGUGUGUGUGUGUGACCACCAUCACCACCACCGGCGUGUGUGAGUGAUUUGGUGCGUUUUUUUUUUAUUUUCUUCUUCAGUUUUGUCUCAAGGAUUUUUUCGCCGAGUGUGUCUGCGUGUGUCUGCGGAUUUUGUUUUUUUAUUAUUUGAUUCUUUUUGGGUUAUGUCUGCCAAUUUUAUCGGCCAGUGUGAGUGAGUGUGUGUGUGUCUGUGUGUGAGGCUGUUUGAAAAGAGUCGACUCCCGCACGGCGACGACACACAUGGGUCGGUCGGGAGCAACAAGAAACAACACAAGGCAGCAGCAGCUAGCCAAUCAGUAGAGAGAAUUAUCUCCUUCCCCGGGGUUGCGGCGGUGGCGCCACUAGGCCUCUCUCAAUGUUGUCCAUCCAACGACGACGAAAAAUUCGUUGAAUUUUUUUUUUUUUUUUUUCUCUUUUGCUUCAGUUUCUUUUCGGAUGGCGAAAUCAAUUUGAUGUGUUAACAUUGUCGUCAACAAUUGACGUUAAAUUGUAAAUCUAAAAAGGCAACAUUGAAAAUUCGAAAAAGAAAAUUUUUUUGCAAGUGUGUGCGGUUUUUGAUCUCGUCUAACGAGAAGAAGAAAACCGGGAAAACCGAACGCGACCGAAGAAAAAAGUUGGCCAAAAAUCCGCCAAUCUGGCUCCUCCCGCUAUCGUGUCGAAUGUAACACGACUUGGGCGAGGGCUGGAACAGCAUGGGCAGCCCGAAUGAGGCGGCCACACAGCCUGGACCCGGCUCAGGACCGCCCGAUGGUGGUCCUGCAACACAUCACGACGAAGAUGCGGCAACUGUCGAUCCGCCGCCGCCUCCUCCGCUAGCCGUCACAACCUCCGCCAAUAAUAACGAGGACCCUGCCCGGAGUAGUAACAGUAGUCCGAGCAGCACUACUGGCAGUACAGGUAGCACUAGCAGCGACCAUUCGAGCACAUCUAGCGAAAAUCACAGUAGCGCCACCGCUGCAAGCAAAAGAGCCAAUGGCAAACACGGCGGACGAAGAUGGAAAGCCGAGCAUCAACCGCUUCGCAAGACGUCGUCGUCGUCGUUGGUAGCGCACGAGGAGGGAAAUGAAAAGCGGAUCAUUGCGGAAGCUGCUUCGCUGCCGGAGCCGGAAGUUGUUGUGACUCCGAGUCGUUUAAACCAGACGUCGGAAGAAUCGGACGAAGAUGACGGUAUGGACGUGGAUAGGAAAUCUACGCCCAGUAGGCCGGCCAGUCCGUUAGUGGAUCCAUCGCCGAAACAAUCCGAACAACAACAAGAUCAUUAUUGUUUGAGAUGGACCAAUCACGGCAGUCACGUGCUCGGCGUUUUUGCCCAGCUGCUUCGCGACGAGUCGCUGGUGGACGUCACGUUGGCCGCCGAAGGACGUUCGCUUCGAGCUCACAAGAUGGUCCUUUCCGCGUGUUCCAGCUUCUUCCGCACGCUGUUCGUCUCUCACUCGGAGCAGCGACAUCCGAUCGUCAUUUUGAAAGACACGAAAUUCACCGAACUCGAAUCGCUUCUGCAGUUCAUGUACAAAGGCGAGGUGUCGGUCGAGUACGGACAGCUGGCCACGUUGCUCAAGACGGCCGAGAAUCUGCGCGUCAAAGGGUUGGCCGACGUGACGACGACGGCGGCGGCCGCUGCGGCCGCCAGCCAACCGAAAAAAGCGGACGAAUUGGACGAAGAAGAGGAAGACGAAGAAGACGAAGAAGAAGACGAGGAUGACGAGGACAUGUUUGACGAAGAGAUGGAGGACACUCCGAUCGUUAUCGAACGCAGCGCCCUGGCUUCCGGAUUGUCGUCUCUGACGGACUCGGUCGGAAGGAUGCAGCGACGCCAACGGCGUCGACAUCAUUUGCACAACCUGAGCAAUCCUUACCGACGAUCUCUAUUGCCAUCGCAUCCGAAUCACCAAGUGAAAGCUUCCGGACGAUCCGGCCUGGAUGCGGAAUCGCUGGCCAAUCAUCACCGACUAGUACAAGAGGGCGGCGGCGGCGGUGGCGGCGCCAUCCAUUACCAGCACCACAUCAAACGACGGGGCAUUGUCAAUGACGACGACGACGAUGAUUCUAUAGUUCCGCUGGAUCUCAUCCAUCCGGAAGUCAUUCAAGAUCUCUCUUCCAACGCCGCUUCCGUCGAUCGACGCGCUCACAAUUCUAGGCGGAAUAACAACAAUCCUCAGGCCAAUCAUGUGCUGCCUGACGAUUGGAAACCUCCGGACGAACUCCAGCAUCCGCCGCGGAGGCAGCUCAAACCGUCUCUCAAAUCCAAUCAUCAGCAGCAGCAACACAAUCACCACCAUAAGACGCAGCAUCGCAACAAUGCAAACGAUCCGGCAUCCGUCGCUAAUGUUUCCGCCAGCGCUUCCGGAAACACGGAAAAGCUCGGCUGCGUCAUCCGCGAUCCGGACGAUGGCGAUCAUAAUCACCGCUUUAAAAGCGCUGGAUCGUCUCGCAACGACCCGCCGGAACAACACACCCACGAUGCCGGACUUGAUGGCCAAGAAUCUCCGCUGGAUUCAAUGGCUCAAGAUUGCGGCACGGCUCAAGAUCUCCGCCGGAUGCCUCCACAUUCGCCGCUUCAAUCGUUGUCUCCAUCGUCGUCUCCUCUUCUUCCCUCUGGUCCUCCAACGAGCGGCGCAACGGCGGCGACAUCUGGUGGCGCGUCUACGGCACAUCCGCAUCAACGCUUCCGUCACUGGAUGAUGGAGGAAGAGAGCGACGAGAGUGGCGAAGAGGUGGAAGCAGAAGACGAAGACAUGGAGGAGAAAAUGUUUAUGGAAAAUCGUCGACAGGGUACAAGUCGUAGUCACAACACUUCCGCAUCGAAUGCUCAUCAUCAUCCGCCUUCAAAUCUAUCCAUCGGUUCGCCGCAGCAUCUUCCAAUGUCGUUGAUGAAAAAGGAAACGGGAGAUUGGAACGAUUCGGCGGCCAAUUUACCAGAAGCUUCCGGUUCAGCUGGAGCUAGUACGGCCGGAGUGGAUUCUCUUCGCUCACCUGGCUCAUUUUCUUCCAACAGUUCCGAUUAUGAACGUCACGCUGACGCCGAUCAGUUCUUGGACGGCCAGAUGCCGACGGCCGAGGUGGUGAUUGAAGAGGGCGAGUAUCUCAACUUCUCCGGCAGCGGAGGAGGCGCCUCUAGCGGACUGAGGAUGAGGCACAGGGACGGCGGCGGCGGCCGGAAGAGUCAUCACAGCCAUAAAACACCGACUGGUGGCGAUCUUGGCAACCACCAUCACCACCAUCACCAUCAGCAACAGCAUCGCAGCAGUAGCGCCAACGCCGCCGCCGGAAGUAGCAUUCAUCCGGCCGGACGACCCAAGAGGUUCCUCUCGUUCCCGGAAGGAGCCGCCUCGAUCGCCGAAGGCUCUGCUCAUCACUCGUCUGCCGGCGGUAGCGGACGGGGUCGCAAGGACGGCGGAUUAAGCGGAAGUGAUUACCGCGACGAGGUGUCGGUCGUAGUCAGCCGCUCGGGCGCUGGCGGAGGAAGCGGAUCCGGAGCGAAUGAAACGUCGUCUUCGUCCAAUUUCCUUUCGUCCAUUUUGCCGAUGGUGGUGCCGCAAUUCGACUUUGGCAUGCGCUUCGCCGGCAUGCCAUUGGCCAUGCCGUUUGCCGGAAUGAAUCCAUCCCAUUACCGGAGUAGUAACAGUAACGCCUCUGGUGCAGCUAGUCGGUCGGGUAACAAUACGCCCCGGCCAGGACCAUCUUCCUCGUCGUCUUCCUCCCAUCAAUUACAACAACAACAACAAUCAAAACAACAGCAGCAGCAGCAGCAACAGCAACAACAACACAAUGCGGCGGAUGGAGAAGAGUCGGGCGCAGGGCCCGGAUCGCAGCGCAGCGGUGCCAGCAGCACGGCCAGCGACGUGGGCGUGUGCCGCGACUCUCCGUCAUCGUCUUCCGCUUCGACGAGGGCCGUCGCCGCGUCCGGCUUCCCAUUUCCGACGUCCAUCUCGCUGAUCGAAUCUCACGUUGGCGUCGGCUUCACGCUCGGCUCGCGCGAGAAACCGUACAAGUGCGAACAGUGCGGCCAGUGCUACAAGUACCUGUCGGCCUUCACCAAACACAAGGAGCAAAACCACACGGCCCGUCUGCCCGGCGAGAAGCCGUUCCGCUGCGAAAUUUGCGGCAUGCAGUUCAAGUAUCUCAAAUCGUUCAAGAAGCAUCGGCUCAAUCACGCCGUGGAGCGGCUUCACGUCUACCCUGGCAACGUUCGAUCGAUGUCGAUGCCCGGCGCCGGUGGAGGUGGAGGAGCCAUGACGGCCGGAUCGCUGGCUGGAUUCAUGCACGGCGUCAACAUGAUGGAGGAGCGCAGCGUUUUGGAAAUGUUGGCCCGGCCGCAGCAUCACCCGCAGGGGGACCUGCUGUCCGGCUCGUCUGCCUCCGGAAGCCAAGCGGAAGCGAGAGCGCGGCUGCACGGGACGGGCGGCAACACGACGUCGAGCAAUGCCGACGGUAGACGAUCGUCCAGUCCGUCCGGCGAUCAACGAUUGGGCGCAGCUCGCAUCAAAUCCGAAGUGGAAAUCGUCUCUUCCGGCGACGAACAGGACAACACGAUGGACGACGAAUCGACCAACGAUGGCCGUUUGAUGAGCCAAGAAGAGGCCGUUGCGGCUCAGAAUCAUCAGCAGCAACAGCAGCAACAAUAUGCGUCGGCUGCUGGACGAUCAUCAGCGUCGGCCGGGCAUCACUCGUCGCAUCCGCACCACGGACAUCAUCUGUCGCAGCAGCAACAGAACCGCCAGUUGCUGAUGCAACACGCCAAAUUCACAGCCGGAAGUCCAGCGGGCAGUCCGGCUUCGUCGUUCCUGCAAGGUGCGUUCCAGCUUCAGAGGCAACACCAAGUGGCCCAGCAUCAAGCGGCUUUAAUGGCUGCCAAUUUCUUGGCCGCCCGUGGAGCUGGAAAUGCGGCGGCGGCGGCGGCGGCGGCUGUCGCGGCCGCCAUGCCGCCACCGCCGGGACUGGAACGACUUCAACCGCACCAGCAGACGACGGGAUCGGACCCAUCGGGACACGGUCCGGCCCAGUCGGAAGAAGGUCAGUCAGAUAGGGAAGGUUCCGACGACGGAGAGACGAGCAAUAAAGGGUCCGGAAGGAAAGCCACUCCGCCCACGGCAACAUCUGCUGUUGGCGGAGGAGGUCCGGGACCUUUCCUGCACAAUCUCAUCCGCGAUUUCAGUUCGGCGGCGGCGGCCGCCGCGGCCGCUGCCGCCGUUGCAUCCACCAGCCGGCCCUCGUUGGUCAAUUCGGCCACGUCUGGCGCCACUAACGUGCCAGGAGUGGCCGGAAUGACGGGGCCGCCUCCCGAAUACGACCCCGGCCGUCCGCAUUUGUGUCCGUUUUGCGGCAAAGGCUUCCGCGCCAAGGAGAACUUGAAAUUGCACAUCCGCAAACACACGGGCGAGCGUCCGUUCGAGUGCGAAUUUUGCGGAAGGGCGUUCGGCGGCAAGAGCGACAUGAACCGCCACUUGCGCAUCCACACGGGCGAGCGGCCGUACAGAUGCGACGCUUGCGGCAAAACGUUUGCGCGUGCUGAUUACCUCUCCAAACACCUGUCCACUCACCUCGUCUGACCGAUGACGCAACUCAAACAAAAACAACAACAACAACACACAUACACACAAAGAAAUGUGGCAACCUCGCGCCUCCCGCAAUGUCUUAAUCCGAUAAGACCCAGAUCAUUUGCAAUUCUUUUUGGAAAAAAACAAUCCUGAACGAUGGGAUCCACACGCACCGCUUUUAAAAAGUUUUUUUUUUAUAUUGAGGCUGAAAGUCCGGUCGACACGACAAUUUUGUUUGUUAAUUGCCCCAGUGAAUUGAAGACAAUUUCUUCAAAGUCUCUUUAAGAGCCUUUUUUUUUUUUGAAAGUUUGGAUUUUGUGUUUGAGCUUUGAGCCAGAGGGGAUUUUUUAAAUUAUCUCCUACCUUUCAUUGGCGCAUCGAAAUUCUUGUUUUUGCGUUCAAAAUUGUUCUCUUUUCCCGGUGAUAAAAACAGGAUUUUUAAAAAUCGCGGUUGAUUGCUUGCCCUCCACGAUUUUUGCUUUUUUUUUUUUUCUUAUAUUUUGGAAGAAAUCCAAAAUUAGAAAAAAAAAAGCAAAACAAUUUUCAACCAAGUUGUUUGUUGUGCCUGGUUCUAAAAAAAAAAAACUCCACUCCCCCGUGUUUUGGCAUUGACGUCCAUUUGACCGACUCUUUGAGUUCUCUCUUUAAAAGAAACUCGGGAGAGGAUCGAAUCCAUUUCGGAAUUUUAACCCAAAAUUGCAAAUUUUCCCUCCCCCCAUUUUUUUUGCUUAAAAAAAAUCGAUUUUUCGGCCUAGCCCCCCCUCCCCCAAACGUCUUGAUCCACGCAACGGACUGUGAUGAAAACCCCCAUUUUUUAUUUUUUUUUUUUUGUGAAGACUUUGGAAAUUCAGAAAAUUAUCUUAACAUUUAUUUCGGAACGAAAAAAAAAAACAAAACAAAAACAAAUGACGGAGCUUUUUGCAAAAGAGCUUUCGCAAACUACUUUUGGCAAACACACAAAAAAAGAAGAAGAAGAAAAAAAAAAUGUCUCUCUGGCCCCGAAUCAAAUUCGAUUUAGACCGGAACAGAACAGCAUCCGCGUGCGAAAACAUUCAGGAAAGGAUCCGCACAAUCUUUUCUCCAAAUGCCCCCCCCCACAUCAAACAUUUGAUAAGUGUCAGCAGACAUUAAAAGAAAACUCUCAACGCCAAUUGGACAACAAAUCAAGACAAAAUUUCAAAUAUUUAAAAAAAAAAAAACACAUUUUUCUUUUGGAUUUCCCAACCCACUACCCCACCCGGUGAAAAGAAACUUUUAGGUGAUAUCCGAAAACAAAAAAGAAAAUCUUUCAGAAAACAAAACCCAGAAAACCGAGAAAAUUUUUUUACAACUCAAACAAACACCGACAACACGUUGUGGCUGUGAUAAAAUUUAAAAAAACAAAAACAAAACGUUUUUACAUGUUUAGGCUUAUUUUUUAAAAAGGAAAUUUUUACAAGGAGGAAAAAUUAAAAUGGCAAUCGUCGGUGAUUUUUGGCGGAACGUGUUCAAAAUCGAUUUAAUCGAGCAGUGCGUCUAUUAAGAAGAAAUG